AUGUCAGGGAAUAUUGGAAAGAAGGAUAAAGAUACAUAUGGCCCUCGGAUUAUACGUACUUUGGGUUCUCAGGCGUUGGGUGGGCAUAUUCGUGGAGGCCAUGGAUCGCAGGGAAAUAAUACCAGGAUGGUUAGUGGGAGUCAGCCGUCUUCGUUAUCUGAGUCGCCAAUUAGUGUUGAUGUUGGAGCGUUGCAGGAUGAAGCUCAUGGGGGCUCUCAGUCAUCACAACAGGGGCAGCAGAAGCAGCAGCUGGUGCAGCAGCUAGGGCAGCAGUUAGGGCAGGUUCGUGGCGCAUUAUCGCCGACAAUGGUGCAGGCUUCUGCUACGCCAGGGUCGACACCGUUGUCUAGUAUGACCCCGAUGAGUUAUAGGGUUGCGCAGGCUUGUGAUCGCUGUCGGUCCAAGAAGACAAGAUGUGAUGGAAAAAGGCCUCAGUGUUCGCAAUGUGCAGCGGUGGGUUUUGAGUGUAAGAUCAGCGAUAAGCUAUCACGGCGGGCGUUCCCUAGAGGCUACACGGAGACACUUGAGGAGAGAGUACGGGAGCUAGAAGCGGAGAAUAGAAGACUGGUAGCGCUGUGCGAUCUCAAGGAGGAACAGCUGCGAUUGGUUUCCAAGUAUAGUGCAGGAAGUGUUGGUGUCGGUGUUGGAGGCCCUGUUACUGCUGGUACUACUGUUGGUAACAGGAGCAGCGUUAAUGGAGCAGUCAAUGAAAGUGCCUCUAGUACGGUAGGAAGUAUAGCCACUGCCGGAUCAACAGCGGGGCUGGCUCAUCAAAACAAAAAAUGUGCUGGCUCAGACAGCACGACUCCUGAAGAGGAUAGAAUUCUCCAGCAGCUUUCCAAGUCAGACGGUGGAACCCUUCGUGUGAGCUCCACAAACCUUUACUUACUGAAUAAGAAGACCUCAGGGCAGCAACAGCUGCUGCUUCCGGGUUCAGCAAACAAAAGUGAAGCCUUUCCAAUACAACCAGAUUCAUAUAAGCUACAGCAGCGUUCACAAUCAACUGCGUCUUCACAUGUUGCAGAUUCCGAUAACCCUGCCGAAUUCCAAAAAGAACAUCUUCAACCUCGAACUCUACCAAAUAUACCAGUGGCAUCUACAGCUAUUCCGUCAGCGCCUCCUGGUGUUACUGCAUACUCAUUGGCGAACCUCAAUGAUCCUACUUCUAUUUCGUUUGAGCAAGAUCAGGCCCCAGGUCUGUCUGCAGUGAAGGCUUUAAGUACUAUGGCUAACCAUGAACAGAGCUCGCAAUUAGCUACCCUUGUGGCCAUGUCCAUACCCCGCACAACUGAAGAAAUUUUGUUCGUACCACAACUAUUAGCCCGUAUCGGCCAAGUUCACGGGUUUACCUCGAAGCAAUGCCUUUACACAGCCUCUGUUCUAGCUUCACUAAAGGAAAUUGUACCCUACCAGACCUCUCCGGAGUUAGAAUUACUAAGAUCAAAAAGCCUCUGGGAAAUUGAUGAUGUAGAUUCUUUCUUAUCAAAGGGAUUACGUUUCAGCUUCCCCAGCGCUACGAGCGCGGAGAAUAAUAAUGAAGAACCUGGCUGCGGGGUCACAACCCGCGCUGUAGCGGAUAACACUAGCGCGAAUACUACUGCAGUAUCUACCUCCACAACUAAUGCUGCUGAAACUACUGCUGCUGUCAAUACUACCGGUGCACGUAAUGCAGAUGACGAUGGCACCGCGACGGCGACCACUAAUACCACUAAUAGUGAGAUUGAUAUAGCGACCACUAAAGUCGGUGGCUCGAGGAAAUCUACUGCAUACCCAUCAGGUCUUUCGUUCCAAGAAUGUGAUGAAAUGAUUCAUCUAUUCUUUGAUGAAUGGUAUAGUCUUAUUCCUAUUUUUGACAAGUCUGAAUUUGACAACUAUUGGCAAAAGUUUAAAGAAAAUGUCUCCACCCCAGAAUUCUUCACUUCAGGUGAUACAAUAUUCGCUAAACGUCACAAGUCCAUAUCUUACAAGAUCUUUGCAUGCCUGCUUGUUACCGUUGUCCAGAUGGGGUUAAUGACAAAGGUAAAACGUGAAAACUUGGGCCGCAGACACAAACUAAACAUUCUAAUGACUUACUACGAUCGAGCGCUAUCUCACAUAAUAACGAAUCCCUACUUUGGCUCUAAUUCCACAUCUAUACAAUCUCUACAACUUUUGUCGCUACUGCUUUUUUAUUUUCUGAAUGUUGGAGAUAUCUCUAACAUAUAUGAACUCAGAGGUAAGGUUGUUUCUUUUGCACAGCAGCUUAGACUUCAUCGUUGCCCUAGUGCUGUUCUUGGUGGAGACGGAUGUACUGUCAGCAGGAUCCAACAAGGUGAAAGACGUGUUCUAUUUUGGGGAGUAUAUUAUUUAGAUGUUUUUGCCUCAUUACAAUUGGGGGUUCCUCGUCUGCUUAAAGAUCAUGAAAUUGAAUGCGCGUUGCCGGUUUCUUCGGAUAGUGAUAGACAAGUAAACCUAGCUGGUCAGAUGAUAUCUUUAGAGGGCAAGAUGUCGCCGUUUUCAUUGUCUGUCAUACGAUUCUCAAAAGUACUAGGCAACGUUCUUGACUCCAUUUUUAAAAGGGGCAUGACAAUUUCAAUCACUAAAGAAGUUGCUCUGGUUCAUGAGAAUGCCCUCGACAACUGGAGACAUGGAUUGCCGGAUGGUUUGAGGUUCCAGCUAGAUGUUAAUGGUACUAUAAACAUGGAUGAAUUUAACCAAUUGAAACAUGAAUACUUGAACAACGAUAAUAGUAAAUUCAACAAGGAGAAUUUUAUAUUCAUGACAUUGUAUUUUUUGGCGAAAAGUAUGAUACAUAUUCCAGUAGUGGCAGGGAAACCCCCUGUUGACACUUCUGUACAGGAGAAAAACGAUCCUGCAAUCAGUAGGCAGGCGGACAGAUCUUCAUCCUCUUACAUUCUAUUACAGCAGGCAACUAACACAUUUUUAAAUGUGUUGACCUCAAUGCGGACGGCAUAUCUUCCUCUGCCAAUCAAUAUAUCCCGUGCAAAAACUCGAUUCGGCCUGUUUAGCGCCCGUGGAUCGCUUGAAUAUACCAAAGGAGGUGCUCUGUUCCAGGACAACAAAUCUUUACUGUUGAAUUUGAUCAAGGAAUUAGAAGUAGACAGGAAACUAGGUAUCCCUGGGACAAUAUCAUGGCAUAGUCUCAAACUGUUUGAUAUGGCAAUCAACUUAAUUUUACAACCACCAAAUACAAAACCAGAGAAAGAGGAGAAGUUAUUACAAAAAAAGAUUAGUUAUUACAACAAGUUAAUUGACCAUUCUGUUGGCAUGCACGCAUCUGUGAUUACUUCUGCUGCUAUCCAGCACCAAAGACAGCAGCAACAGCAACAGCAGCAACAGCAACAACAGCAACAACUACAUUAUAAAGAAAACAAAGGUAAUGGGGCAAAAAGGAAGCCUGAGAUUGGUAGUUCGACUACUACUAACAUGUCCCUGAAUAAGAGAGUAAAAAUGGAAGAACCUAGUGUAAAGAUCCCAACCUCGAAUGGUCCGCUGUCUGCACUUCAUGAAGAUGACUCAGAAAUGUUAGGUAAAUCUCUAAGGUCGAAUACCAUUGUAAGUGACGUUCCAACAGGUCAAAAAAUGGAAUCUGAAAUCCCUGUUAGCAUGUCCGCAACCAAUGCUAUUGCCGAAGCUUUUCAACUGGAUCCAGUUCUUCAUGCGACACCGUUUAGUAGCACAGACCUGACUUCCUUCUUGAACGGUGAAGUUGUUACCAAUGCAUCGAUGUUUGCAGAUACGAUGCAUACUACAGGUAUCGGUGGAGGAUUAACUGAUGUUUCUGGGCAUAACGGGUUGCCAAGCAACAAUUCGCUGUUAAACAUGUCCUCUAUAGGGUUUGGAAUUGGCAGUGGGCCAAGCCUUGCAAAUUUAUCGUCCAAAGAUGGGUUGUUUAAAGUCCCCAGUAAUGGAGAUUUCCUCAAGGAUUACUACAGUGGAAUGUCCUCUGCACAAUUAGCCUCACUCUUCGUCAAUGGUAACACCGAGAACGCUCUACAGAAACCAACAGACCACAGGCGAUACCAACCAUCGCAGUCUCAAGGGCAACAGCUUCAUCUUCAACCACAUCCCGAACCUCAACGGCAGCGGCAACAACAGCAGCAGCAGCAUCCAGACCACCAAAGGUAUCCCCUUGAAGACGAACCAGGGAUCUGCGAACAGUCCAAAAUUAGAACGGAAAAGAAAAACCAGCAACAAGGAUACGGCUUCGUAGUUGAUGCCUCUUUGGGUCUAGCUUCGUUGUUGGGAUGGUCACCCAAACCAGGCAAUGAUGACGCGAUAAUUUUAGGUUCAGACCCCAAAGAUGAUUCUGAACCAAAACUAAACACAGCAAGAUCCUUCACCACGGUGAACAAGCUUGACAUGAUUCCGACCCUAAUGAGCACCACCAAAAGCACAACUACUGCACCCUCGGAUGCAGGCCUGCCGUCCUCCAUACGCCCAAACCAGAAUCCUGCCUCAAUCAAGCUCGUCCAGAACCCUUUACCACUUUCAACAAGAAAACAAUUUGCCCAGGCAGGAAACCCCUCCAGAUACCCAUUCAGCCCAGACUUGUUACAAGAAGAUGGGAUGCUAACCAUAAACACCAGAUCCCCAAGAGGACCUAGGCGAUACUGGAACAACACUGCUUCCUCUACAGACCAACCCCAAAUUCACAAAAACAAUACCCAGCAGCAGUCACAACAGCUCGAUGAUAACAUAAACGACCUAUUCAAGUGGCAGAACAGCGGCUGA